AUGAGCCAUCCGUCAGAGCCGUCCGCCGAGAACCCAAUCGAUUAUCUCGACGCCCUGGGAUCCACCAAAUCUCUUAUCGCCUACCAACCUUAUCAACUGCACUCCCGGGCUGUCCUCAACAUAUGGCUCUACCGUUUUCUACUCUUCCUUCACCCUUUUUGAAUCUAAUCGUUGCUCUUCUGAAUAGUUUCCGCGGCGAGCCUAUAAAACAGAACUAGAAAAGGCACGAAAUUAAAAUAUUCCCGAUUUGAGCUCCAUUUUCCUUAGCUUCCAUUUUAUGAGUUCAGACUGAUCCUUCAAGAAAUGAGUACAUUUUGAAAGUUCACUCAAAAUUCGAACUCUUUAUAUUCAAAGUCAUGAUCCCUUGCAAAGUUUAAAGACUCACGUGGACGACGCCCAGCACCUUUAAUUGUUGCCAACAUCCACAGCAGAUUUCUCUGAACGCUUCUCUAACCCAAAGUUAUAGCUCUUUUUGUUGGUCUGUAACUGUUAAUAUAUCAUAUUUUCAAAAGUCGGAACGAUUAAUUAACAAACUUGUAAUCUCAGAAAAUUUUGCCUCGUUCAUCUAACUUCCUUUCUUUUUUCUCAUUUUUCAAUGCCUCGCAGAUAUCCAAAAAAAAAAAUCCUAUUCUGAAUAUAUUAUUCAAGUUGCAUCAAUUUUUUAAUAUCUUUGUUUUUCACUACAUUUCUGUACACAAACACUUUUUUCUAAAUUAAUUCGAUCAAGUCUGAGAAGAAAGGCUGGCUUUAAAAAAAAAGCUGUCACAUUUCAUCAAUUCGGCAUAGCGUUUCAGUGUUCAUUUGACUUUAAGCCGCACGUUUUUUGAAUCAGAAUAAGAAAAGAAUUCACAAAAUAUGUUGAUUAUUUGUGUUUUUAGACUGUUGAAGCUACAAAAGUUGGAAUCAUAACCUAUGUGAUUGUUAGCGCCGGAGUCACUCCAGGAAGGUGAAUCUGAACAAAGAGAAACAAGAAGAACUGGUCUGUGGCGAAAGGACCACGAUUGAAAAGGAGGAACUCAACGGCCAAGCGCCUCGAGAUAUGAGGCCUGACGAUGGCCCAGGUAUCUAAUGUUCGAAAGUAGUUUGGAAUGAACUGUUUCAGAGAACGGACCGAAGUCGUCGAGUUCAACCUCGAGAGAAAGGAUAUUUGGCGUUCUCGCGCUGUUAUUUUUUCUUCUUUUUAUCUUAUUGUUAGCGGCAGGUCUUUAUUUUUAUCUGACACAUACUGUCGCCACGGAUAUUUGCCUUACACCAGGAUGCAUCAAAACAGGUGAUUUAUGAGAACUGCAGAAAUCCUUCCCAAUCAUACUCUUUUUGCAGCAUCCGUGAUACUGUCUUCUAUGAACUCAACCGUCGACCCCUGCACGGAUUUCUACGAAUACGCCUGCGGUCAGUGGAUUCGUGGACAUCCGAUUCCUGACGACGCUCCGAGUGUAUCCAACUUCGAGAACUUGGGUCAAGAUCUAGAAUUUGCUCUUAAAGGUGAGCCGCUCAAAACCAAGUCUUUUCGUCGCACAAAAGCGACGACUUGGGAAUGCAAAACCGUUUUGCAAGAGGUUCUCUAAUACAGAAAUUCAGCGAAAUAAAUUGAAAAAAAAAUCAAAGUUUUACCUUAGAAAAAAACUUCCUAUAAGCAUAAGGAACUAAAACUUUCAACGAAUUAAAAAUAGCGAAAAAUUAUUUUCUCCUCAAUGAAAAGUGAUAAUAAGGAAUUUUAAAGUAAAUUUCUCACAUGACUGGAAAAAAUCCUAGACAACAACAUAAUAGACGCUUAUAUCGAAAAACUAUAGUUUCUUUUUUUGAAUGAUAAAGGAAUCUAUAGAACUGCUGGAAAAGAAAGAACCUUCGCUGGAUUCGGCAACGAGCGCCGUCGCCAAAGCUAAGCACUUCUACAGGCUCUGUUUGAAUGAGUGUCCGUUUUCCUUUUUCAUCAGGUUCUCAUCAAUUCCUUUCUAGCCGAAAUAGUGGACAACUGGAGGACGACUUUCGACGAAGUUAUAAAAAGCUUCGGCGGCUGGCCGAGUCUCGGAUCUCCCAUGCCUCCUGACGUCAACAUUGAGAAGCUUUAUGGUUUUUUGAAUCUUAUCGAAAUUCCAACUGCAUUCAACACGAUUAUAGGAUUGAUGGUAGCGAAGUUCAAAGCCGAUUUUCUGUUCAAAGCUACCGUACAACCCGACGACAAGAACUCCCAGCGACACGUCCUAUUGGUAACUUUUCCUCAAAAAUGUCAUCAUAAUUAAAAAACCUUUCUUUUGCAGAUUGAUCAACCAACAUUGAACCUAUUUGCUCGUGAUUUCUACGUUCUUGCCGAGAACGAAGAACGUCUGGCGUAUCUCACAUUGAUACGGUAGGUGAACCUCUGAAUAGCAUUUCUCUUUGGUCAAUUAUCCUCCCACUUAGCGGAAAAUCUCAAAACUUCAGUGAUGUACUGGUGCUUCUGAACGCGAGACCUGACGUGGCAACCCGUGACGCCGAAGAAAUAAUCGAGUUUGAGACUGCCCUGGCCAACGUUCGGCCUCCAUCGUUUCCUAUGUUUCCUGGGCUUUUGUAGAUUACAAUGGCUGAUGAGCAAAGACACGACAUCGCCGAGUUGUACACAAAAGUAACAUUGGGCGAGAUGCGGCGAAAACUUCCGAACUUCGACUGGUUUUCCUUCUUCAACCACAUCUUCCAUGACAUCAAAAACACAGUGAGUUUGAGUCAGAAGUGAUCAAAAAAUCAAAGAGAACAUUUUGCGUUGAUGUUGUUGAUGAACAUAUACUGGAAUGCUCUUUUAAAAAAGAAAAAACUAAGGACGAAAUCCUCUUCGAGUUGGGUUUCUUUCAAAAAAUAAGGAGCUCGCACCACAUUUUCAAUAAAAGAGGAGUACCUGGAAGUUAUAUGGAACUUAUUCUGGUGUUUGCUUUGGUACCAAAUCUGCAAAAAUAUUUUUUUCUGGACUCUACUUGAUUUUCUUUCAGAACGGAGAGCGGAUAACGUUUGAUGAUAGCGCCGAAGUUGUAGUCUACGGAUUCGAGUUCCUACGGCGACUCGACCAUCUUUUGCCCAACUACGACCGGAGGUUCGAACAUUUUUCUGUGACUGACUCCUUCUCUUCAGGAAGAUCGUCAACUACAUGCAGUGGUGCUGGUUCUUCAAGACUAUGCUCCGUGAUCUCCCUGACCCAUUUGCUCUCACAGUCUUCAAGUUCUACAAAUCUCUCAAUCGUGGGUAUUUCACCAAUCAAAAGCGAAUCUGAUGCUUUUAAAUGAAACAUUUAUGUUUCUUUCUAGUUAUGAACGUGCAAAAGGUUCGAUGGCACGGUUGUGUCACCAGAAUCAACAGUUUGAUGCCGAUGGCGACGUCGGCCAUCUACGUCAAAAACCACUUCGAUCACGAAGCCAAACAGCAGGUUCUCUUUCCCAAACUAUCCAGCUCGAUUUUGAAGUUUCAAAGAAUUUUUUAUCUCAAAACUUUUUUGAAAAAUCACUAAACUUAUUGAUCGGAGAUCAUAAUACACUGCGACGCAUAAUUAUAGACUCACCCUUAUUUCUCCGAAUUUAAGAAAGUUUGAAAAACUUUCAGGCACCAAACUUUUUUUGUGAUAAACCUUGUUGAUAAAGAACAUAAUCAUAUCAUAAUUAUCAAUCACCCAGUUGAAAAGUUUUUCAAGAUACGAGAAAAUCUGAUUUUUGACCGACGCAGAAUUAUAGACCCACCCCAGAGUUUUCCGAGUUUCCGUUUCCGGAAACACGUUUUUCCUGUUUUUUUCCAGUGGUAUAUAAGAGAAAAGUCCUCGUGUAUCACUAUAAGCCAUAAUGCCUGAAUCUACUCAACUUGAUAAUACCGAAAAAGCGGUAAUCGAUGCUCUACUCACAACGGCUUGUCCCAUCGGGAAAUCGCUCGUCAAACGGGUCGCUCAAGACGAACUAUUGACCGUUUAUGCAAGGAAUCCGCAAGAAUACGGCACAGCAAUACAUUCUGGACGGCACAGGCUGCUAUCGGUUCAAGCUGAACGAGACGUCUGUCGAAAAGCAUCAAACUCUACGAAGUCCGCCAACCAAAUCAGAUCCGAAAUUCCUGAAAACGUCUCGAAGGACACCAUCUUACGAACAAUUCAUCGGUCCGGUCGACUUGUGAAUACUCCAAUGAAGGCAGCACCUCGUCUACAGCAACGCCAUUAGAAUGAACGGCUCGAGUUUGCACGCUCUAACAUGGCCACGGAUUGGAAUAAGGUAUCAAUGUUUUCUAUCACCUUAUGAUUCCCAAUUUUUCUGUUCAGAUCAUCUUCAGCGACGAGAAGAAAUUCAACCUUGAUGGGCCAGAUGGGUACGCUCACUACUGGAGAGAUUUGAGGAAAGAUCCGAUGUAAUUAUCCAAGAGAAACUUUGGCGGCGGCAGCCUCAUGGUUUGGGCGGCUUUCUGCGGGAACGGGACGGUAGCUCUUUCUUUUAUUGGGACCAGAACGAAUUCGCAAGACUACCAGCAACUGCUUGCCCAGCAUCUCCUGCCCUAUCUCCGUCGCCUACGACGUGCUAAUAUGAUUUACCAACAAGACAAUGCAUCUGUUCACGCGAGCAACUCCACAUUGGCUUGGUUUGCGGCCAAUAACGUGGUUCUUCUGGACUGGCCCGCGUGCAGUCCUGACCUCAACCCUGUAGAGAAUUUAUGGUCAGUCCAUGUACGAAGGGUCUACGCGAAUGCCAAGCAGUAUACAACGGUCAACGAUCUGAAAAGAGCGAUUCGUGCCGAGUGGGAUGGUUUGAACAAGUCACUGCUGCAAUCACUCGUUGGCAGCAUGCCGAACAGGAUUUUCGAAGUCGCUCAGAAACAAGGAGGCAUCACACAUUAUUAAUUAAUCUUUUUGUUAUACUUUGUUGAUUUGUGAAAUGAAUUUUUGUUGAUUACUUAUAGUGGGUCUAUAAUUCUGGGUCGGUUAAAAAAAUCAGAUUUUUCUCGUAUCUUGAAAAAAACUUUUUCAACUGGGUGAUUGAUAAUUAUAUUAUGAUUAUGUUCCUUAUCAACAAGGUUUAUCACAAAAAAAGUUUGGUGGCUCAAAGUUUUUCAAUCUUUUUUUAAAUCGCGGAAAUUAGGGUGGGUCUAUAAUUAUGCGUCGCAGUGUAGUAAUUACCUUGGUAAAGUGGAUUGAGCUCAUUUCUGAAUUUUAAUUUCGUGCUAAAAGUCUGGACUCUUUCGAGGCGCAGGAUUGUUCCAAUAUCAAUAGUAGCAUCGAAAAACAACACUAAAAUAGCACUGGACCUUGUUUUUGCAGGUAGAAGAGAUGAUCUCCUUGAUCAUGGAAUCUUUCGUCGACUUGCUGCUCUCGGAGGACUGGCUCACCGCUGAAACGAAAAAGUUUGCAAUUCAGAAGGUUUGCUCGGAUAUCUUUAACACUUGUUAUUUUUAUUCGCAAAUAGAAUUUUUAGAAAAAAGGAAUCACUUUUAUACAAAGCAAAAGGGUUAUUGAGGUGAACGAAAUGAAGCGCAAAAUCGGCUAUCCAGAUUAUCUGAACGACCCAGCGGCAGUCGACUCGGAGUACGCUCACUUCAAAGUUGGCGUUGCCUGUUGCAAGAUGACAUGAGGGUUCAGGUCUAUCCAGAUCACUACUACAAGACCAAAUUCGACUUUUACGAGCAGUACCAACGCGACGUCUUGAAGCGAAUCACGCAGCCAGUAGAUCGCGAAAGGUUUUCUUGCACAUUAUCAAUAAAACAACAGUAAACGGGUUCGAAAAGAAUUUGGUUUGGAAUUUAUCCACUCAAAAUCUGUCUAGCAUUUCACCUUCUCAACCGGCAAACUUUCUCGAAAGAUACUGCUAUGAAUAGUCAAAAUCAAUUCAAAAAAAUAUAAAGAUUCGGACCUUUCACAUGUUAGAAAUCAACGCCGAAACAAUUGUCCUCCACGAAGGCCGAGAUUAUCAAAUUUGAGGCGAAUAGAGAAAAAAAGCUGUUUUGAAAUUUAUUGUGGCAAAACUCGUGGAGCACAGACUAUUUUUGGUGUCAUGAGCUUGUGCUUUAGCUUUUGGAAAGACUUCUGAUAUCGUUUCUUGGGCUUUGUUUUCAUAUAAACUGGCACGAGCUAGAAUUAAUUUUUCAACUGAAUUCUUUCUCCAGAUAAUGAAAAAAGCUAUGCUCAGUUCUGGCCUAAGUUUUUUUUUCUCGCGGAUGUUUCUGUUGGCACGUCUCAUCCAAUAGCUUCGUUGCGGCUAUAAAUUGGCUUCGUUCCCCCGUCGAACGAGGCCAAUACUUGGUGUUGUCCUAAUUGUUUACCGCAUUUUCCAAAGUAGACGUGAAAAAGAUUAGCUUCAAAAUAGCAGUUCCAGGCUGAAGACUAUUCACAGGAAAUCAAGUCGUUUUCUAUGUUCACUUGAUGUCUCUAAUUGACCCCGAAAUCAAAUUGAACCAUUAUUAAUUGUAUUUUUUUUUAUCAGAACUGGUAGGGAUCUCUCACUGAAAACCACACUGCGUAUUUUGAUGAAAAAACUUUCCCUCAUCUUUUGAACUUUGCAGAUGGGUUGCGGGUGCGGCACUCGUGAACGCUUUUUACAGUCCUAAUACCAACGAAAUAAGUUAGUAUUUUUUAUAAAAUAGAAAUUUUGAGAUUUUUCUUCAGUUUUUCCGGCGGGAAUUUUACAACCAGUGUUCUACAGCAAGGACUUUCCCUCGUCGAUGAACUUCGGCGGCAUAGGCGUCGUUAUUGGCCACGAAAUAACUCAUGGAUUCGAUGACCGAGGUUCUAACUCGAGCGUAAUCAAAAGAUGAAGCUGACUUUUUUGAGGAAGACUCUACGACAACUUGGGAAACAUCCGUCAGUGGUGGGACAACGCAACUAUUUCGAAGUUCGAGCACAAGGUUAACUAUCAAAUUGAAACUUAGCUGGAAUAAGGUUUUCAGGCCGAGUGCAUCGAACAGCAAUACUCGAGCUACGUGCUUGACCAGAUAAAAAUGCAGAUCAACGGGAAAUCCACCAAAGGAGAGAACAUUGCCGACAACGGCGGCUUAAAACAAGCCUACAGGUGGACAGUGAGGCUUUUGUUUUUGCUGAAAUCAGCUUCAGAGCGUAUAAGCGCUACGAGGCCCAGCACAACACGCCGCCGAAACUUCCUGGAGUGAACCUGACACACGACCAGCUUUUCUUCCUCAACUACGCCCAGAUCUGGUGCGGAACCAUGAACGACAAGGAGGCCGUUCGGAAGCUGAGAACUUCAGAACACUCGCCAGGACCGAUUCGGUAAGACAUCGCCUCGAAAUAACAAGAUAUUUUACUUAUUUCACUUCCACCAGUGCAAUACCAUGCAGAGACUCUUUGGUCAGAACUGUUUCUGAAAAUCUAAAUAAUAAACGUUGGCAAUUACUAUUCUGAUUUUUCAGAGUGAAAGGACCACUUUCCAAUUCGCUGGACUUUGCCAAAGCCUUCCAUUGCGCGCCAGGAUCACCAAUGAAUCCUAACCACAAGUGUCGCGUUUGGUGACCUUCCUUCUUCUUGCCACUUUUCGACCGUUUCUUCCCACUUAUUUCCUUGUCAUCUCGAUCUAUACAUUGUGCACAGUACUCGGCCAGCAUCUGCGCAUCUUUAUGAACUUUAUUGCACUUAAAAAUCCCUCAUUUGUAAACACCUUGUUGAGAAAUUUGAAAAAAAUGAUUUUCUAUCUAACAAUAAAUCUUAAAAUAUUUACCUUCGUGCAUGCAAAGAAAGUGCUAGCUCAGAAGUUACUUUGACCCCAUCAGAGACCAAAAAUCUUUCAGUUCGAAACAUUUUAAAAACAACUAAAUGUCCGUGUGAAAUCUUCACUCGAAGUGGUCGCUCUCAUUUCGAGGCUUCCACCUAGAGCACCGUCUCCGGGUCCCAGGGGUUCCAGGAGGCGACGCAUGCAUAAGAGUUUCUGAAACUUGCGAAAUUAUUUUCUCUCAGACCCACUUAUGUCAGGGUAUUUCUCAUGUUAGCAUAGCCGGCUCGUCACCUCCAGAGGAGGCGGACCUACGGUACGGAUUGAACACGCGAGUGGGCGUGGUCGAUGGCGACGCUUCCAAAAAAGAUGCUCAUUCGAAAUUUGCGUGUGCGCGUCAAGCCAUGAUGUCCUUGCAACACGUGGUUCUUGCUCUGCUCGUCGUCGUCUCCGCGGUCGUCCUGCCCUCUGUCCAGGCUCUCCAGAGGCACCAGGUACUUUUCCAUAGCUUUCAGAAAGUUUUUGUACUAUCCUUUAUAGACGCGCCAGAUCUUCUUUCCAUUACUUUUUGUUCUUUUACUUUCGCCUUUUUACUGAUUCAAGUCAAAGUGGCGCCGAUGAUAUUCUGUUAACUGAAUGAUUAUAGUAUCAUCUUAUCUUUCUGUGAAAUUUUAAACACGCUAAUUAGAGAAUCUUUUUGGUUUUAUGAAUAAAUAAGAAGGAUAACAUUCUUCUCCGACCUGGUCGACGUAAAAAACGAUAGGGACAACAAAGCCUCAUUCAUUGAAAAAAGCGGUGGACCAUUUUUUGAAGCAGAAUUUUUGAACUUUUAUCGAUCAAAUGAAAGGAAAUUUAACAGAGAAGAGGAAGAUAAUUUCACUUUGUAGUUAGGAACUCACUAAAAACUGGUGUCAGAAUACACCUUGUCGACUAUAUGAACAGCCUGAAAUUCUCAAGCCUCCUAACUUUUUUGGUUGAACACUUCAAGGUCGAAGAAAGUCGUCAAAAACAGCUAAAAUAGGUCAUUUUGAGAAUUUAAAGCCAUAUUUCUCGAAAACUGAGAAGUUUCGCGCUUCGAUACUCUCAGGAUCUUCAACUUCAUCAUCCAAAAGAAAGAUUCUGGCCGAUUUUUCAGAAAUGCGCAGUCAAGAAGUAAAAUCACCAUUCCAGGGAGAACUUUGCAUAAUCUUCGCUGGCACUCUUUAAUUAUCUAACUUAACUUUCAUACAACAAUGAGAAUUAUUAAAGCGCUAUGUUUUUUUCAACUAAAUUGUUGUGAAAAUUUAAAUCGAGUUCCGAGUAAGGACUUUUUUUCUAGUGAAACUCUUUGCGUUUCUACAGCCUUUUUUUAUAAAUAAACAUAUUCCUUUUCUUCCUUGAAACUGGUCUAUAUUGAUUUUUGUCUCAUCAGGGUGAAAUCAACAACUUUAUACCAUUGCUGAAAUAAAUCUUUCAAACACCCACCAAAACUCAAUUUUUACUCUAAUCGAUGAAAAUUUCAUCUGUUUGGAUUCUCUAAUUGAAACCAACAAAUUGGAAAACUUGCUAAAUGCCAAACGCAGCCUUCCUCGAAACGUCAAUUAUUUUAUAAAAUUGGCUCUCGAAUCGAAAUGUCUACUUGUUAUGCUUUGGCAUAAUCCAAUUAAAUUUCCCUUGUUCAUGUUUACGAUUCUUUUCUCGCCUUCUUAUCAUCAUGAGUUUUAUGUCUCUUCAAGAAAUUUCGAAAAACAGUGAAUAUUAUUUUUUUUUUCAUUCUAAAUGUGAAUAGUUCUACAUUAAUUUGUCAUGAAUGAGUAGAGGCCAUUUCUCACAUGAAUUGAAAUACUUAAUUUAUCUCCAAAUAUUGAAUCGACGCCAACAAAAGGAUAAGUAUGCAUAAAUUACUUUGCUUCUUUUCACUUAAAAUUCAGAAGAAAAAAGGUCCAGCAGAUUUUGAAAAAUUAAAGAACUUUUUACCUCCUCAAAAAGGCCUCUAGAGGCGGACUUGUCAAACGGACCUUUUUGGAUGAAAAAUGUCGGUGUGACCUCUGGAAAACGCGGCCGAAAUGGCGUGCCACACAGUCGUAUGCCCCUGGCUGUUUCCUCUUUCGCCUAGAGAACCAAUUUAUUUCUGACGACCUCUCAUAAUUUCGAUUAUUCCUACGGUUAUGUAACUUAUGCUCACGAACGUUUGAAGGUUUUUUUGAGUUAUUAUCGAAUAAAUUUCACUGUGGCGGUGUAUUUUUCCAGUUGAAAUGUUUUCAGUUUUUCUAAGAAAAUUGAAAACAAAUUCACUCGCUAUUUUUGACAAAAAAAAUAAUACCUUAUCUGUUUUUUCAGAUGAUUUUGUAGAAUAGGUCGGUGAACUUUUUUUGGCCUCAGUAUUUGAUAUCCUGGAAGAAAUAACUCAUUCAUGCUUAAGUUCCACGCUUUCGAGAAAAUAAAAUCUCGCUCCAAGUAACUUUUAUAAAAAAAAUGUUUAGAGAAAAAUAAAUAUUUUUGUGUCUUUUUUCUUAUUCUAUUGAGUCCUAAAUUUGACAAAAAAAGUAAAACAAAAUUAAAAAUGACUUUAGAAUUCCAUAUUCUCAUGCUCCUUUUUUUGAAAAAAAUAUGGAAAAAUACAGAAGCCAAGAUAUUGGUAUGAGAAAUUUUUAAUAAUAUUAUUUAUUUACAAGCAGAACAAAAUAACAUGUACAGAAAAAAAAAGAGAAAAAAAUUGGCAUUAAGCCUGAAAUAAAUAAAUAAAAUUUGAUCAAUAUCGGCUUUGAACCUCAUCUCUCAAGAAUAUUUUUUUCACAGCGAACAAAAGUAAAGCGAACGCAAAGACAUAAAUCGAACAAAUUUUCAAAGAAAUAAAGAGAACUGUUUUUAAAAGCGACUCGGACCUCGAUAACGCAAAACGGACGCGCCCUGACUUUUCCGAGACGCUGUAUAGUCUGUUCAGAUUUUGAAUGUCAAGCAGCUAACUCCACCCCCAAAGCUACAAUAUCUUUCGCGUCAAUGUUUGAUCUACAGAUGACGAUGGCCCUUUAAUAAGGCUGCAUUUUUGACUUCUUUUUCUAUCUUUUAGAUCAAAAAAGAUCAAAAUUAGUCCCGCGCGUUAAAACAUCGACCCGAAAGGGUACCGUCUCAGCAGGGGCGGAGUUAGCUGCUUGACAUUUAGAAUCUGAACAGACUAUAGAGGUCACUUGAGAGCGCUGACUCCGCUGGUAGUCUUUUAAAAUGCUCAGAAACGUACGAGGCGCGACCGGGUUUGCAUUAAAAAUAUUCACUCGGACAUUGGUAACGCGAAACGGAAGUGCUCCGGACGUUUCUGGGCGAUUCAAGGGAUCACUUAAGAGCGUUAAGGCUACUAAAGUGGUCACUAGAAAUGCCCCGACACGUCCGAUUCGCGUCCCGUUCGCGUUACCAAGGUCCGAGCACCUUAAGGUCCGAGGAUGAGUUUUGUCCAUGGAGCAAUUUUGCUGCGGAAACGAGAUCGCGCGCGAUCUCGUUUCCUGGGCUUUGGGCUUUCAUUUUCAAGAAAAAGCUUGCUGGGCUUCAAAAAAAAAAAUAAGCCGCCCGGCCUGAUGCACAAGCAUGAUCGCGAAAAUAAAAAUGCAUCACCGGCGCGGCUGUGAAGCAGUACUUCUGUAGUAAAUUAUGCUUCAUUCCAAUGAUGAAUAUUAUAUUCGCAACACAGCGUUUUUUGUUAUUACGCAUGGUCAAGACUUCUCGUAAAUUAUGAUGCUUAGAGUGUAAGCACACCGAGACGCACUAUCGAACACUCGAAAUUUUUUUUUCCAAUUAACUCUUUAUAAAGAAAGCUUUCCGUGAAUCUUGAGAGAACUUUAGAGGGUGGUUCUUGUAAUCCAAAAGCGGGUCCUGAACAGAUCAAAACUACUGUAGUCGUACGAUUUAGGGCGCCCGCCCCUGGUAUUUUUUUUCUGCAUUUUCUUUCACUGACAAGAACGCCGUGGCAAGCGACUUCGCUUUGAUCUGAGUAGUUAUUUUUAGUGGAUAUUUCUCUGUUAGUGCUCUGAUUGAAUUAAUUCCUUUUUAUAUUUAAAAGCAUAACCGUCUGAGUGAUUUUUUUUUUCAAAUUUCCAUGACUUUUUGCUGCUCUUGAAUCGGAUCAAUCCAUAGGCGAAUCGAGAAAAGGUUUCGCGAGACCCUCUGAGGUAUAUCUGAGGCUCUGAAGUCUUACGAUGGUACCUCGAGGAUACCUCUGAAGACUGAGCAAAACGAGAUAGACUUGAGGGAAUGCCUCCGAGAUGGCUCAGAUAUAACUAAAAGGUAUGCCGGAGGUCUCACGAUGGACAAAUUAUGGGGUCUUCUCGAUCCAUUUUGAGAGGUACCUUCGUGGACACAUUAUGGUACCCUCUCGAUUCGCCUGUGUCGAGAUAUGCUCUCUUCUUUUUUUUUUUGAAAUGGCCACCAAAUUCUGAAAAAGAGAAAGACUAUUUUUCAUCUAUUUCGAGUUUUUUGAGAAUCAAUUUUAUUUUGUCAUAUGAAAAUUUCAGGAUGCGACGCUUCUAGCAGAACCAGGCUACCGCUUCGAGGUUCUGACGUCAAAGAGAGACGCUCCUGGCUUCGGCUGGAACGAUUGCGAGUUUUCGCCACUCAGCUGUCUUCUGCGACGGAAACGGGACGUCUCCGCAACGCUAGAUCAUCGAAAGUAG